UUCAUUUUGUUUUAGCUAUUCGAUUUGAUGUUGUGUGUCUAAAUUUUGAAGCUGCUCGCAGACGCGCAAUGUCGGUUGGUUAUUCGCAUUCGCCGGGGGAUGAAGAAUAAGAGUUUGGCGAUCCUGAUGAGAGCUCGAAUGGCGUCCCCCACCCACCCCGUCCAUCGGCAGCAGCUCCUCCACCCCGAUCGCCCCCCUCUUCCACCUCAGGUGGGCGCCACCUGCUCUGGCGACGCUGAUGACGAUGGCAGCAGCACCGGCGCACGGAGGGUUUCUUUGAAGGAUGUCAAAGAAUUGAUGCGGGCGUCCUUCUCGAUCCCCACCGACAAAACCGAGCCGAUGGACGCCAAUCUUGAAGAAUUCUCGCAGGCUUAUUUGGGCCUAUCUCAGGAAGGGCGCAGGGAACUGCUUCUGGGCCUUGCCAGGGAUUAUGAUGUCAACAGAGCUCGAGUUUGUGAGCUCAUGCGGCAGUAUCUUAGUGUCGAGCUUCCUCAUAGUAUUGAUUCCAAUGCCGCCGAUGUGAAUCAAGAGAAUCGUGUGCUUGAAGAUGGGGGUAUUCUUGCUGUGUUUUAUAGGAUGGAGCGGAAUCUUCGGGAUGCUCUCAAGCCUAUGUAUGCUGGUUUCUUUGAACGACUGAACGCACAUCCUGGUGGACUGAAGCUGUUGACCGUCCUUCGUGCUGAUCUUCUCUCUCAGUUAGCGAAGGAAAAUGUGCCAUCUUUGCGUGCUUUAGAGACAUAUUUGAAGGAAAAGCUUAUCACCUGGCUUAGUCCAGCAUCCUUGGAGCUUCACCAGAUCACAUGGGAUGAUUCUGCAUCCUUGCUGGAGAAAAUUGUGGCAUAUGAGGCUGUCCAUCCAAUCAGAAACUUGCUAGAUCUAAAGAGAAGACUAAGUGAAGGUCAUCGCUGCUUUGGAUAUUUACAUCCAGCAAUUCCAGGUGAACCACUUAUUUUUAUUGAGGUUGCACUUUUGAAGGAUGUUGCUACAUCUAUACAGGAGGUAUUGUGGGAUAGUCCUCCAACUCCUGAAUUUGAAGCCACGUGUGCAUUGUUAUAUUCAAUAUCAGCAACUCAGCCAGGUUUAUCAGGAAUCAAUCUAGGGAAGUUUCUUAUCAAACGGGUGAUCCAUCUACUAAGAAGAGAUAUGCCACAUAUUUCAAUUUUUGCUACUCUUAGCCCAAUCCCUGGAUAUAUGCACUGGCUUCUUCCAAAGUUUGCUUCUCAAAUAAAACUUUCUAAAUUGGAGACUGAGGAUAUGAAGCACUUCUCAGAAAAAGGCUCUGGUUCAAAUUUCAUAGAGGACCUCCUUCUUCCAGAAGAAAAAGAGAUGAUACUCAGUGGCUACCUUAAAUGGCUGCAGUCGGGUACAGCUUCUGAAAUUGAGUUUGAUAAAUCAGAGUGCAUGGACACAAGGGAACACGAUUCUGGAAAAGAUGUUAUGGAAAUAAUGUAUAAAUUACUGACAUCAAGAGAGUGGAACAAGUCUGAUAUCUUGAGUGAAGCACUAAAACCCCCUCUACUUCGUUUGUGUGCAAGGUACAUCCUUAAAGAGAAGAAACGAGGGAAAGCUCUUGAUGUGGUCGCUAACUUCCAUUUACAAAAUGGAUCGAUGAUUGAAAGGUUAAACUGGAUGGCAGAUAGUUCAGACAAGGGCAUUGAACAAAGUGGAGGCAUCAUGGUAAAUUAUGUAUACAGGCUAGACAGGAUUGAUGAAUAUGCACAGUCAUAUUUGAACACUGGGCAUAUCCAUGCUUCAAGUAGCCUUCACCAAUAUCUUGAGGAUAUGUUUUUUUUGGCAGCUACACUGACAGAUGAAUGUGACCAUGGAAGCAACUUGUAGAAACUACUGAUGAAGAUCAAAGAUAUCAAUAAAUACUGAAUCAUAGUGGAUAUUUUCAGGUAAACAGAUUCAAAGAUUAAAUUGAUGCUUAGUUUUGAUAAGAGUUUUUAUUUCUAUGAAUAGUAUUAUGCUUUAAGUUUUUGUUCUUCAGGAUAUGUUUUUCUUUCUCAUAGUGGUUAGCAUAUACUGUGAACUAGUUCCUUCUUGUCACAAAAUGAUAGUAGUUCUUUGUUUGAUUUC